GUUCAGACAAGCAGAGUCGAAACUGUAAAUUACGUUUGGAUUUUUCAUCCUGUGCUUUGCAUAAUCGAUGGCGCUUUUGAGUGGCCUGUCUAUUGUAAGCCUGCUUUGCCUUACACACGGAUAUUACUAUGUCUCACUUCCAAAAUACGUCUCCCCUGGUACGCCCCUGAACGUAGUAGUCCACGUGACCCAGUCUGGAAGCCCUGUAUCCUUUCUGGCAGAAAUUGUAGCUUCCAACGAUUCAGACGUAGCCAGUGUCCGGAAAAGCAUUGUCAAUGAUGUUCCUGAAAGCCUGCAGGUUAUGGUUCCUAGCGACCUUCCCAAAGAUGACUACAAGAUAGUUGUGUCUGGGACUGGUGGACUUUCCUUCCAUAAAGAGGCUAAACUGUCCUAUGAGGAGAACAUUCUUGUCUUUAUUCAGACUGAUAAGACACGUUACUCUGGUGGUCAACAAGGUGAGUUAUAAUUUUGCACUCCCUUAAAUCGACCAAUCAUAUGCUUACGAACGAUUAAACUUAAUAAGUAUACAACAGUGCAUGCAUG